AUGUGGGGUCCUCGAGCCAUCUUCAUGGUGAUCUUCCUGCAGUGCCUCGAGCCUGCAUCCGCCAUCAACGGCACCGCCCUCGUGAACGCCGCACAAGAAGCAGUGAGCAAGACGGGCAACCUACGCGCCUUGCUGGCCAAGAUCAAGGUGACGGACGAGUAUGAGGCGAAGAAAACGUGCUGGGUCUCCCGUCACGCCUUGUGGGAUUGCGGGCUUGAAUGCUACGCAACAAGCUCUCACGAGUGGCGCCCGUGCGCGAGCAAGUGCGCGCAGUUCCACGGCGAGGGGGCUAGUUGCAACUAUUGCUUGUCCGAUUUGGUCCACUGCGUGCUGUUGCAGUGCGUCUCCCCUUGUGCCGCGAGCACACAUGCUCCGAGCUGCGAGACCUGCAUCCUAGCAGGCUGCAACGACAAGUGCUGGAAUCCCUGA